AUGAAAAUAUAUGAUUUAUGUCUCAAGUUAAAUCGUGAAAAAAUGACUCAUCAGCAACAGCAGAACUACAAUAAAAAAGACAUUGCAUUGAAUAUGAACUCUUUAAAAUUUUUCUUGAACACAAUUAUUCUAUCGCCACAUUUAGGACACGACGUUAUGCCUCUCGAGCACAACGUUUCUUACACAGUCACGUUUGGGACACGACGUUUUGCCUCUCGAACACGACGUUUCUUACACAGUCACGUUUGGGACACGACGUUUUGCCUCUCGGGCACAAUGGACCAGAUAAAAUUGCUGGAUGCCGGACAACAAGUCACUUUUUAUGAGACCGCAAUUGAAGUAAAAGACAGUGACUCAGGCCAGGGAAAAUUUUGUGACAGCUCAUUUUAUGUCAGAAAGCAAUAUGGCUAUGCAGAACAGCAAAAAGUUUUUUUUCAAAAAAAGAGUAAUGAAGAAAAACUUAAAGAAUAUGAAGUAAUCGAGUCUCGGCUCCAUAAAAAUAAAAAAUACAAAAAAUAUUUCAUUGGCCUUUGCAGCAUAUUACAGCAACGUUCUAUGUAUAGAAACGAAGCAGAGAGAUACUCUUUAAAACGUUCUUGCAAUAAUGUUGCAACAGCUAAUUCUAGAUGUUGUGCACUUCAUAUUAUGGAGAGACAACCAGACUUUGCCAACCAAAAAUCAGUACUCGAAGGAAUAGUUGAAGGCAGUGGAUACAAAUUUGAACUGUAUUCAAAAUAUUACUGUGAAUGUAAUUGGAUCAAAACAUACUGGGGAGCAGCCAAGAAAGAAGCACAAUGUAAAUGUGCUUAUUCUUUUCAAUCAUUAAAAAGAAAAAUCAAUUCAUUUCUGGAUAGUGUUUGCCCACCAGAAGAUGAUGUCUCUGAAAAGAUUCAAAGAUACUUCCACAAAAGUUUUAUCUACAUCAAUGCCUACAGUCUUGGUCAUGAUGCUGAACAUGCAUUUGAAAUCGUGAAACAAUUCUCAAAGCUUCACAAAUAUCAUCGUAAGCUGUGA